GAGGCACGGUGCCGGGCACAGUGACAAAGAGCUGCCCUUAGCUGCCAGCGGGGAACGUGGACACCGCGAAGCCGUCACCCCGCUGCCCACCACCAGCAGGCGGCCGAGAUGUCAGCCGCCGGCGCCCGGGGCCUGCGGGCCUUGCAUCACCGGCUCCUCGAUAGAGUGGAGCUGAUGCUGCCAGAGAAACUGAGGCCUCUGUACAACCACCCGGCAGGCCCCAGAACAGUAUUUUUCUGGGCUCCAAUUAUGAAAUGGGGCUUGGUGUGUGCUGGGUUGGCGGACAUGGCCAGACCUGCGGAAAAGCUUAGCGCCGCUCAGUCCACUGUGCUGAUGGCCACGGGAUUUAUCUGGUCAAGAUACUCCCUUGUAAUUAUACCAAAAAAUUGGAGUCUGUUUGCUGUUAAUUUCUUUGUGGGGGCAGCAGGAGCCUCUCAGCUCUUUCGUAUUUGGAGAUAUAACCAAGAACUAAAAGCUAAAGCAAUCAAUUAAGAGUUCCUGAUCACCCGAACAGUCUAACUGUGGACACAACCACCAGGAUCCAGUUCGUUGUUUGAUUAUUGACAAGGCGAUGCUAACUGUGUUAACAUUUGGAGGGCAAACAAAAAAGUCUGGCUGUAAUUGGUAACCAGUGCUUGUUCCACAAAAACUAGAGCAAACUUUUAAUAAAUCUCUCCUGACAGAUGACUUAAGGAACUUA